AUGGCGGAAUUCGUGCGUGCCCAGAUCUUUGGCACGACCUUUGAGAUCACCAGCCGAUAUACGGAUCUCCAGCCGGUGGGAAUGGGCGCUUUUGGUCUUGUCUGCUCCGCGAGAGACCAAUUGACCGGCCAGCCCGUCGCUGUGAAGAAGAUUAUGAAACCCUUCAGUACCCCGGUUCUAUCGAAACGUACAUACCGCGAACUCAAACUCCUCAAGCAUUUGAGGCAUGAAAAUGUCAUCAGCUUGAGCGACAUUUUCAUUUCCCCGCUCGAGGACAUUUACUUUGUCACCGAACUACUAGGCACUGACUUGCACCGACUUCUCACCUCGCGCCCUCUCGAAAAGCAAUUCAUCCAGUACUUUCUCUAUCAAAUUUUGCGAGGACUGAAAUACGUCCAUUCCGCCGGUGUCGUCCACCGUGAUCUUAAACCCAGCAACAUCCUUAUUAACGAGAAUUGCGAUCUCAAAAUAUGCGACUUUGGUCUAGCCCGUGUCCAGGACCCACAGAUGACUGGCUAUGUGUCGACGAGAUAUUACCGCGCCCCCGAAAUUAUGCUCACAUGGCAAAAGUACGAUGUCGAGGUCGAUAUUUGGAGUGCCGGAUGUAUAUUUGCCGAAAUGCUGGACGGGAAGCCCUUGUUCCCUGGAAAGGACCAUGUCAACCAGUUCUCUAUUAUUACUGAGCUUCUGGGGACUCCUCCAGAUGACGUGAUUGAAACCAUUUGCAGCGAAAACACACUUCGAUUUGUCCAAUCGCUACCAAAACGUGAACGGCAGCCAUUGGCUAGCAAGUUCAAGAAUGCUGAGCCUGCGGCUAUUGACUUGCUCGAAAACAUGCUUGUUUUUGACCCGAGGAAGCGUAUCAGGGCCGGAGAUGCCCUUGCCCACGAAUAUCUAGCACCCUACCACGACCCCACAGACGAGCCCGUUGCCGACGAAAAGUUUGACUGGUCGUUCAAUGAUGCCGAUUUGCCGGUGGAUACGUGGAAAAUCAUGAUGUACUCGGAAAUAUUGGACUACCACAACAUCGACCAGGGUUCUGAAAUUGCCCAGUUUACGCUGCAACAAGCCUCAGGGGGCGUGGUUCCACAACAAGUUUGA